CAUAGGCUCGAAAACCCCGCGCUCUAAUAAUCUCCGAGCUCCACAAUUCCUCCUAGGGUUCGUGCUUCUCCCCUCGCCCAACUCCCUAAGCUCUGUUGCCGCGAGCUCUCUCUCAGCUUCCAUGGCGGCAGCAGCGAUGGCGGCCCCUCGGGGUCGGCAGCCCCAGGGCCGGGGGGUCGACGACGAGAACCUGGUUUUCGAGACGAGCCCCGGGGUGGAGGCCAUCACGAGCUUCGACCAGAUGGGGAUCCGCGACGACCUCCUCCGGGGGAUCUACGCCUACGGCUUCGAGAAGCCCUCCGCCAUCCAGCAGCGGGCCGUGAUUCCCAUUAUCCAGGGCCGCGACGUCAUCGCCCAGGCCCAAUCUGGUACCGGAAAGACAUCCAUGAUCGCUCUCUCCGUCUGCCAGAUGGUGGACACCACCUCGAGGGAAGUUCAGGCAUUGAUCCUGUCACCAACGAGAGAACUUGCUGCCCAGACUGAGAAGGUGAUAUUGGCUAUUGGUGACUACAUAAAUGUACAAGCCCAUGCAUGCAUUGGUGGGAAAAGCAUAGGCGAGGAUAUUAGAAAACUAGAGUAUGGAGUUCAUGUGGUUUCAGGGACACCAGGCAGAGUCUGUGAUAUGAUCAAGAGAAGGACCUUACGCACAAGAGCCAUCAAGCUCUUAGUCCUCGAUGAAUCUGAUGAGAUGUUGAGCAGAGGUUUCAAGGACCAAAUAUAUGAUGUAUACCGAUAUCUUCCUCCAGAACUUCAGGUUGUUCUGAUUUCUGCAACACUUCCUCAUGAAAUAUUGGAGAUGACCAGCAAGUUUAUGACUGAUCCCAUUAGAAUACUUGUCAAGCGUGAUGAGUUGACAUUGGAGGGGAUCAAACAAUUCUUUGUUGCUGUCGAGAGAGAGGAAUGGAAGUUUGAUACAUUGUGUGAUCUAUAUGACACCCUCACAAUUACUCAAGCUGUUAUUUUCUGUAACACAAAAAGAAAGGUUGAUUGGUUGACUGAAAAAAUGCGCAGCAAUAACUUCACGGUAUCUUCUAUGCAUGGUGACAUGCCUCAGAAGGAGAGGGAUGCGAUCAUGGCAGAGUUCAGGUCAGGCGCAACCCGUGUGUUGAUUACAACAGAUGUAUGGGCUCGCGGGCUUGAUGUUCAGCAGGUUUCUCUAGUGAUAAAUUAUGAUCUUCCAAACAAUCGAGAACUUUACAUACAUCGGAUUGGUCGGUCGGGUCGUUUUGGUCGUAAGGGUGUGGCAAUAAACUUUGUGCGCAAGGAUGACAUCAGGAUAUUAAGAGAUAUUGAACAAUAUUAUAGUACUCAGAUCGAUGAAAUGCCAAUGAAUGUGGCAGAUCUUAUUUGAAAAACCAGAUGAUAAGAAGCUUACAUGCAAGGCAGGUACUGAAGGGAGACACCAGGGAGCUAUUUCUCUUUAGGGAUGUUCUUUUCCAUGUUCUGGUGAUGGUAAGGUUUGCCAUUUUUAUGUAAACCAAGACUUUCUGGUUGCUGGUGAUUGGGAGCAAGGAGAUCAUGACUGGCUUUGCUUUUGGAAGUUUGUCAAGAUGUCAAGAUGUGCGUGUUUGAUGGACAGCAUGUAUAAAUAUAGGCUGAUGACUUUUGCUUCUUUACUGACUCGAUUUGAGUGGAUGUUUAUAUUGCAGCGACAAUGAUGCGUUACUAUUAACCAUUAACAUUCCAGUCUUUGAUAUAUCAGGUGUCAAUAUUCCAGUCAUCCAUCUACUUACCGAUGUAACUCUUGGCAACUGAUA